AUGAAGGUCAAGAUUCUUUCAUAUCAUGCAGUGGCUGCCUGGCGCUGGGACAUGCCAGAGGAUGAUGAUUGCGGUAUCUGUCGUGUCCAAUUCGAUGGUACCUGUCCAAAGUGCAAGUUUCCAGGAGACGACUGUCCUAUCAUUAUGGGACAGUGUACACACUCCUUCCACAUGCAUUGUCUCGAUACCUGGAUCAAUCAAGAAUCAAGUCAAGGUAGAUGUCCCAUGUGUAGACAAGUCUUCCGUAUCAAAGGCACUGUCGACCAGAGCGAAGUUCAAACCGAGCAGACAGCAGCUUCUUGA